AUUUAGUUACCUAAGUCUGCAAAGCGCACGAUCAUUGCUGCUACAUACGGAAGACUAGAAAGUUCCUUCCACGGUGACUGGUAAGAAAUUGUACAGUAUCUGGAAGCCUUCAUCCAGACAGGAGUGGAGGAUCCUGCGGUAGUCUCUAGCACACAAUGAUCAUCCCUGUGAGAUGCUUUACAUGUGGGAAAGUUGUUGGAAAUAAAUGGGAGGCGUACUUGGGCCUUCUUCAGGCUGAAUAUACAGAAGGGGAUGCUUUGGAUGCCCUAGGAUUGAAGCGGUACUGUUGUCGACGGAUGUUGCUCUCUCACGUAGAUCUAAUUGAGAAGCUACUGAAUUAUGCACCCCUAGAAAAGUAAACAAAAGAUUCCUUGCAUAGUGAGGAACACCAAAGCAAAUGACAGCCUUCAUAUCCACUUGUGUACAUGGAAGCCUUUGCAAUAGCAGGGACUGUGGCCAAGAUCUCUAGAUCAUCAAGACUUUUAUUUAAAAGUAUUGCAUGUUGAGUUAAUAAAAUAUAUUUAUUUAUCUGCUGUAGAAUUCUCCAACUUUGAUUAAAGAUAGACUGAAGGUUGGAACUCA